ACGACCUUGACCUACUAAUUUCUCCCGGACUAGAGCCUAACAACGAGAGAAAGGGGAACGCCUGUAAGCGAUAAAAGGGUUCUCUUCGAUCGGUCGUUUUUACUUCAGAAUCCAUGGCGGAAGAAGAGUUGAAGAAAUCGCGGACGGCCCUAGAUGCCAAAUGGGACGCCUGUAUUGACCUCACCGUCCGCCGAUUCGCCUACUCGUCCCUUGCUGGAACCUUGGCUGGACUCCUCUUCUUCCGAAGUCCAAUAACUCGAUGGGCAUCUGUAGCUUUCGGUGCUGGAGUAGGGAUUGGAACUGCAUAUACUGAAUGCUCUUACCUAUUUGAGGGUUCUGUUCCAAAAUGGACAUCUUCAAAGAUUUCAAGUGUUCCUUAUGGUUCAUCUCAAGAACAGCAGAAGUGAAGCUUGCCACAGACAAAUGUCAUCAGGACCUUAUUUAUCUGUAUUUUCAGCUUGAUCAGUGAGCUGUUCUUCAUUUUAUAAUAUGUAUCUGAACCAACUUUCUAUGACUGGUGGUUUUGUCCAAUUCACAUUUGAUGCAAAAUUACUAGAAAAGAAAACACUGAUGUUAUGUUUUUCUAUUCCAAAAAUGCAGCAGGUCUCUAUUGUUUUUUAA